AUGGGAAUCCUAUCGACAGAGGGUUUAAGGAAGACAUCAACUAGGCAAAAACAAAUCGUGCAAGAAAAUAGCUUCAGACUGAAGACCCAUGGCAAGCUUGAUGUCGAUCUUUUCUGUAAUGUGGAAAUUCAUCCACCAAAUCCAUUUGAAGAAAUGGAAAGAUCUGAUGGGGAAAACAAUACUUUUGUGGAACUGAGUUCUACAAAUAUAGAAACAACCGAACUGAAAAAUCUGAAUUUUGUUUCAGAAGCUAAUCAUAAUAAUGAUGAAUUGUAUCUUACUUCAUCAACAGAUGAUACAGAGCUAUGUGAGAAUGUACAUUGCACAAUAGAAACUCCGCUAAAGUUUGAUAUUUCAGUGAAAGUAAGAGGUAGCUGUUCCAUAUCUAACACAGAGGGUGGCACUUUAAAUGUCAAGUCUUUCUUGGAUGAUACUCCCCUUACUCUGCAUAAUAUCAAAAGUGGUGACAUCGAUGUUAUGACUGCAGGGGAUGUUGUUUCAUCCAAGCUACUACAAGGGAAUGCUAGUUUACAGACACAAGGGAUGGGGUGUAUCACUGGAGACAGACUUCAGGGCCAAAGAUUUAAAGUAACUUCAGAUGCAGGCAAUAUUAACAUCAAAACUUUAUAUGGAACUUCAUCCCAGUUUUAUAGCAAGCAAGGCAGUAUUACAAUAGGCAAUUGCCAUGGUGAUUGCGACUGUUACCUGAAAAAUGGAAACCUAAAAAUAGAUAGCCUAGAUGGAAGUCUUACAGCUGAUGUUGUUUCUGGGAAUGUUGAAGUUCAGGUGACCAGACACAGAAACAUUGACAUCCAGGUCUUAGGCAAAGGAGACAUAACAUUAAAACUACCAGAAGACAUCGUUUCUAAUGUUGGUAUUAGUGGCAGUGAUGUACAUAUUGACAAAUCCCUCAACUAUACCCCUAUGAAUCCUGCAUUUCCUAAUACCUCACUCAGUGAAUAUAUAGGAGUUAUAGGUAAAUCUGAUGGACAAACAGACAAUUUCAUCACAAUAAGGUCUAAGUCUGGAGCUAUUAACAUAGAAAAACAAGAUUGGUUUUCCUCAUUAAAUCUUGGUAAAUUGGAACAUUAAGAUUUCAUAGCAUGGUAGACAAUACUUGAUCUCGACAUAGCAAAGUACCAAGGCAGGGUUACAGGACACAACAUCUCAUACAUUUGAUGACAUAAUGUAGACUAGUGAAUGGUCUACAUGAAUGAAUGGAACUGGGCCUAUGAAGGUCUACAGUGAACGAAUGAAUGGAACAUAUAACUGUAGGCCUAUGACGGUCUACAGUGAAUAAAUGUAACAAGGUCAUCCUCUAGUCAUGCCAGUAACAAUGAACCAUGUAUUCUUUUACACAAAAUGAGUGCCCACACCCUCAGUAUGAGAAACAUACAAGGGCUUGACGCAGGACUAUGCACUCAUCAAACCUAAUUAUUUUGCUGAGUAAGCGACACUUCUGUUCACUAAAUCUAAGUUAAUAAAUCUGGUGUAUUGUUUUUCAUUUCAAUAAAUAUUGUUUGA